AUGGCCUUCUCAACCCCCAUCAUCGCAGCCUCUGGCUCAACACUCCACACUCUAUCCUCAGGACGACUUUGUGCUAUACCCCAGCCCUUCGCGCCGACAGACCUCUCGCAACGGGCCUAUCCCCAGUCUUCUUCGGAUUUUGCCUUUAAUUACACUCAGGAUUCUCGACGGCAUUCGUAUCAUCCGCAGCAGCUUUGUAACAAUCACGUAUACAGCGGCUUGCCUGUCCAGGAUCCCCGAGUAACCAAGGUUAUUUCACAGUCUCAAGGGUUCUCUACUUCGUCUUCCAGCAAACAGUCUAGUCCAUCCGGUGUGAGGCCCCCAAGUUUCUACGCGGCUUCAGUCCCGUCAAAUUCGCCUCGAACCCAUCGUCCCCCAGUUCCAUUGUUUAGUAAUAGCGCGGAGAAUAUUUCCUAUCAGAAUUUGAACGUUCAGCAACCUCAUCGUCGUAUUAUGUCUACAUCUAGUAUCCCGCAAGAUUUUGACGAGCUACUCGACUUCCCUGCCAACCACACGGCGGAGGACUUCGUGUCGUCUCCUGGUGUCAUUGAUUUCACUUCUAUCAACGAUUCUGUAAAGAUGGGGAAUCCGGUGACUGUGUCACCAAAGGAUCUGAUGUUGGAUGCGGCUUUCCCGCCUUCAACAUCCUUCACAGACAUCAGCACUCCUUCUUUCGACUCUCCCGGUUAUUUCAGUCAAAACACUUCCCCUCUCUUCUUCGCGGAUUCCGAUCUUGCCCCUGGCCACGAGCACUGGGAUUCUCUCUUCCCGACUGAUACCCAUAACUCAACCAUUAUCGAAAAGCCUGCGAAGUGCCCCAACUCUCUAUCUGCAUCUCACUCUUCGUCACCAUCAAUCAAGAGCAGCGAUUCUUCUCCUGAUGAAUCCCCUCGCCCAAAUGGUCGACCAUCUGUCCGUCACUCCUCUAUUUCCGGUGUGAAGCCUCGCCAUCGCGAGAAGCCUCUGCCGCCGAUUGAAUAUGACCCAACUGAUGCGACUGCUGCUAAGCGGGCACGCAAUACAGAGGCUGCACGGAAGUCUCGCGCUCGCAAGCUCGAAUUGCAGAUGCAAAUGGAACAGAAAAUUGCAGAGCUGGAAGCGUCUCUGGCCGAGUCUCGUAAGCGGGAGGCUUAUUGGAAGUCUAUCGCCGAAGCCAGAGAGUAA